GUUCUUCGCAGGAAAGAGGGCGUUCCUCCUGCCGGCCCCGCCCCGGAAGUAGGCGUGGCUUCGGCUCUGCUUUUUCAAGAUGGCGGCCGGCGUGAAGAGCCGCGGCUUGGCCUUCGCGGAGAAGGAGCUUCGCCGCCGCGGGUGGAAGGAAGGGAAAGGCCUGGGGAAGCACGAGACGGGCAUCUCGGAGGCCCUCCGGGUCAAGGUCAAGUGCAACUCGGCUGGGGUGGGCCACGAUCCGGGCGAGGCCUUCUCCUUCCACUGGUGGGACCACCUCUUCAACGCUUCUGCCGCGAAGAUUGCCAUCCAGCAAGGACAGAACGGUGUCAAAGUGGGACGGGUCUCGGAGAAGGAAGAAAACGAGGAAGAAGAGCCACCCGCCCGCAAUAAAAAGCCCCGGAAAGCCCUCAGGAACAAAGACAUGGUCUACGGGCGCUUCGUCAAGGCGGCUACAUUGACAUCCAAAGGAGAGGAGCCAUUGAACCCAGUCCACCCUUCGGACAGCAGCAGCGAGGAAGAAGAAGCCAAACUGGACCUGUCCUCAGCUAAAAGACUGACCGAUGAGGAGCUGGUCAAGGCCUGCGGGGGACGCACUGCCCACAAAGGUGCCCGGCACGGCUUCACCAUGAGCGCCAAACUGGCCCGGCUGGAGGAGCAGGAGAAGGCCUUUCUGGCCAAAUAUCUCCCCCCAAAAGCCCCAAAUUUGGAGCAGAAAGAGGAGAAAAAGGCCAAGAGACGGAAGGAAGAAGCCAUUGCGAUCCUCGAGGAAGAACCAGAAGAAGGGAGGCCCAAAAAGAAGAAGAAGAAGAAGAAAAGGAAGAAAGAAGAGGAGGAAAACGUAGACGAGGAGCCAUUGGGACAAAGCCAAGGGCGGAAGAAGGCCAAGAGGAAAACCAAAGGACAUUCAGAUCCUUCGAGAUCCAAAUAACUCUCUUUGGGAUUUAUAAUAAUUCACUGUUUUGGGGAUUUGAAAAAAAAAAGCAGAUUUUGAAUAAUAAACUGAGGCUGGAAUCGGAA